ACCGACGACAAACUGUGCGCCCACAUCUGCCCGCCAUGGCCGCCGAAGUACAGCUGUUGCAGCCCGUCAAGCUGCCCAAGGGCCCCUCCACCGUCACGUCGGAGCAGCAAUACUGGAACUCGUUCACGUCGGAGCUUCGCCUCGAUCCGUCGCAGCACUCGUCGCCGGUGACGCACAUCUCGAUCCCGCCCCCGCCGCCCUCGAACUCGCUCUCUGCGUCGCAAGACCUGUUCGCAGUCACUACUGGGUCACGUGUGCAGAUCUUCUCUUCCAAGACCCGGAAGGUCGUCAAGACCAUCUCACGCUUCGGCGUCGACGAUAUUGCGCGCUCCGGCAACUUGAGACGAGAUGGUCGCAUAUUGGUCGCGGGUGGUGACAGCGGGUCAAUUCAGGCCUUUGAUGUGAAGAGCAGAGCCAUUCUGAAAACAUGGAAGGAGCACAAGCAGCCCGUGUGGACGACCGAAUGGAACCCCGCCGACCUUACCAGUCUCAUGAGCUGCUCGGACGACCGCACUGUGCGAUUGUGGGAUCUGCCCAGCGAUACGAGCAUCACCAAGUUCGAGGGUCAUCAGGACUACGUGCGCACGGGCACGUUCAUGCCUGCGCAGUCCGGACUGCUUGUCUCCGGCUCCUAUGACCAGACCGUACGCCUCUGGGACUCGCGCGCUGGCGGCAAAGCAGUUAUGGUAUUCAAGCACCAGCAUCCUAUCGAGACUGUCCUUCCUAUGCCCUCUGGCACCGCCGUCCUCGCAACCAGUGACAACGCAAUUUCCGUUUUGGACAUCGUCGCUGCAAAGCCAAUCCACAUGCUCCGCAACCAUCAGAAAGCAGUCACGGCCCUCUCUCUCGCGAACAACGGCUCACGUCUGCUCUCUGGCUCCCUCGAUGGCCAUGUCAAGGUUUUCGAAACCUCAGGCUGGAAUGUCGUCGGAGGACUGAAGUACCCCUCGCCCAUCCUCUCCCUCUCCGUUGUCCCGAGUCAGAAGGAGGACAAGCACAUCGCCGUCGGCCUCACCUCUGGUAUCCUUUCGAUCCGUACUCAUCUGAGCGGCGAGCAGAAAGUGCUUGCCCGCGAGCGCGAGAAGGAGAUGAAGGCGCUUAUGGAAGGCAAGAUCGACGAGUACGAUCGCUCCAAAAAGCGCAAGCGUGGCAAGGGCUGGGAGAAGCGUGUUCGUGGCAAAGACUUCACGGGCGAGAGCGCAGAUAUCGUGAUCGAGGGCAACGCGCGUGGCAAGGUCACAACUGGAGCUCCAUGGGCGCAUGCACUGCGACAGGCUCAGUAUGCCAAGGCGCUCGAUAUGGUGCUCGAGUCGAAGGACAACAACGCGCGCACUCAGUCACUCUCCCUUCUGACCGCUCUCCGCCACCGCUCGGCGCUGCGUUCCGCUCUUGCAAAUCGCGAUGAGGUGACCCUGCAGCCCGUCUUGCGCUGGCUCAUCAAGAACAUCUCUGAUUACCGCAUCACUCGCCUGACCACCGACGUCGCAUUGGUAGUCUUGGACCUAUACGCCGACCAGCUAGGUCGGAGUGAGGAGAUCGACACCUUGGUCGAUGCACUCAUGAGCCGCGUACGAGUCACCGUUGAGGCCAGUCAGAUAGCAUGGAGUGUGCAGGGCAUGGUUGAUAUGUUGACUGCGAGCGCAGGCGGCGAGGCCGUUGCUGAAGCAUAAGGGAUAGGCUUUGGCCACGGUUGAUUCGAUUGCAUAGCGAUGGCGUUUGGUAUGGCAUAAAUGUUCAGUUUGAAUUCUUGUACAUAAUGCAUCACGGCGAUGCAUGUGCGCUGCAUCGAAAUACGAGAGGUUGCUGGGAGUCACAGACUUGGUUGACACUGUCAAGCUCUCUGGUCCCUUGAGCUGAAACGCAGGGCCGAUCAAAUGACGCGGAUGGCCCCACCGUCCCCGCAUGAGCUACCCCAGAGGCUAGGGCGGCAGCUCCCCUUCCUCCAUCAACGAU